UUUUGUGGCCAUGCUGAGACUCUCCAGUUAGGCUUCCGAGUCAGCGUGGAAGAAGCAACAGGAUUAUAUUCGCUCUGCAGCUACAUGUGGAAUGAACAGCAAGCUAAUAUGGAUGGAUAGGCUUUUGGGUGCCAAUGUGAACUCUUGAAUGAAUGAAGUUCCUGGAACAAAGAAAAAAAUCCAACUUCUGUGGUUCCCUAGUGAUGUUUCAAUUCUCCUGACAUUGAGCCCUUUCCUGAAAAUGAGAUUGGAUACAAUUGGUCUUCUCAGCUUCUUCUUGCACCUAACAGGCGCAAUUCUGGAUAUCACUCUGGUGGCCAAUGUUCUGAGUCCUUCACACAACAACUUCUACCUGUCCUGUGUGACAGGCGAGCGGAACAUCAGCCUCCAGAUUGACAGAGACAAUGCCAUGAUCAAGACCACAUCCAAGUUCCAGAUAUACAAGAACAGCAGCAAGGAAGUGCAUAUGCGAGGUUUUUCUCGAGCAGGCCUGGUGGGCAUCACAUAUUGCCUGGGGAAGACACAGUCAGAGCAAACUAGAGUUGUUUAUGUACACAACGAUAUUAACGCCAACCUGGUCCCAGAGAAAGUGACCCACGCAAUCAGUGUUUCCCAAUCAGCCAUACUUGUUGCCAGGAUAAAGAACGGGAAGAAAACAGAUAUCUGGUGGAAAAGGAAUGGGACUUACUAUGACACGAUGCACCAAGGUGAGCUAAAGGAGAAUAAGUCCAUUCUGGUCCUGUCGUCUGUUACCAUGGCUGAUGGUGGGAUUUACAGUGCCACCUUUAUAGAGGACAGCCCUUUGUCAAGUGCCUUCUUCAGACUGAUUGUGCGAGGUUGUGCAGCCAAGAAAUGGGGCUCAUUUUGUGACAAAGAAUGUCCUGAUUGUCUGAAUGGGGGCAUCUGCCAUCACACUGUGGGAGAAUGUAUCUGUCCUCCAGGAUUCAUGGGUACCCGCUGUGAAAAAGCAUGUAGGGAAGGUCAGUUUGGGCGAAACUGCCAAGAGAGGUGCCCUAGUGAGCAGGGCUGCAGAGGCUUAUCCUUCUGUCUGCCUGACCCAUAUGGCUGUUCCUGUGCUGCUGGGUGGAGUGGAGUACAAUGUAACUCAGUUUGUUCCCUUGGCAAAUAUGGUCCUGACUGUACCCUGGAGUGUAACUGCCAGAAUGGAGGCACCUGCAAUCGAUUCAGCGGCUGUAUCUGUUCAUCUGGUUGGCAUGGACAGCAUUGUGAAAAGUCAGACCGUAUACCCCAGAUCAUCAACUUGGCAUCUCACUUGGAGUUUAACCUAGGCUCCCAGACCACAGUUACUUGUAUAGCAACAGGCAAUCCACCUCCUGUCCGUGAUAACAUUGAACUACGCAAGCCCGAUGGAACAGUGAUAAUGCCCACAAAAGCCAUCAUGGAAAAGGACAUGACAACCUGUGAGUUUCAAGUGUCACAAGUAGUCUCUCCUGACUCUGGCCUCUGGGAAUGCCGUGUCUCUACCACUGGGGGUCAGGACAGUGGCAAGUUCAAAGUUACUGUGAAAGUGCCUCCAGUGCCAUUAUACCCUCCCAGACUUCUGGCCAAGAAGAGCCAACAGCUGGUGAUAUCCCCUGCAGGGCCUAUUGUAGGUGAUGGACCCCUCAUCUCCGUCAAAGUUCUAUAUAAACCUCAGAUUGGAAGUAGCUGGUCAUCUAUUGAAGUUGAUAACAUCCAGAACAUCACGCUCAUGAACCUGCGACCUAUCACAGCCUACAUUGUUAAGGUCCAGCUAACACGUCCUGGAGAGGGAGGAGAAGGUGCCACAGGCCCAAGUACUAUCAUGGCAACAGAUUGCAAAGAGCCAACAGCCAAACCUGUAAUUGAAGGUUCAUUUUUUGAAGGGAGCAACAAUCUACGUGUAAACUGGAAUUUGCCCAAAAGUGACAAUGUGGGUUCGGGAUUUCUUGUCCGGCUCUAUGAUGCAUCCAAAAAGCUUGUUCAUCAAGAAAAUGUUACUUCCAUGAUUGUGCAGUCAGCAUAUAUUCCGAAUCUCAAGUUCAAGGAAGACUAUAGCUUAGAAGUAAUGGUCUAUCACUGUACCAGCUUGGGACCACCAUCUGAUCUCCACACAUUCAAGAUCAACAGUAAAGGACCCUCAUCACCACGCUCUCUCUUGGUGAACCCCCUCUCUGAUAACUCCAUCAGGCUAUCCUGGCUAGCUCCUGAAUACUCUAAUGGGGGCAUCAACAAAUACAUUGUAGAGGUGCAACAGCUGGGAGGCAGCAGUGAUCCACACUGGAUAGACACAGAGAAUGGCAGGGAUACCACAAAGAUUAUCACAGGGCUUAAUGCCAGCACAAUCUACCAGUUUCGGGUGCGAGCCAAGUCUUACGUACUGGGCGAGUGGAGCCAGCCUGCGAAAGCUGAAAUCCUGGGUGAUGGAGCCCUGAGCCAAGUGCCUACCCUAGAAAGUAAAAACUUGCCUCCGUCUAUCAUGGACCAGCAAUUGAUAUUAGCCAUUGUGGGCUCUGUUUCUGUCACCUGCCUGACCAUAUUGUUUGCUCUCCUGGCCCUUUUCCUCAUCAAGAAGAAUUGUUUUCAUCGCCGUCGCACCUUUACCUACCAGUCUGGCUCAGGAGAAGAAACUAUUCUGCAAUUCAACUCAGGCACCCUGACCUUGACCCGCCGGCCCAAACCACAGCCUGAGCCACUCAGCUAUCCCAUUCUGGAGUGGGAAGACAUCAAGUUUGAGGACAUGAUAGGGGAAGGGAACUUUGGACAAGUCAUUCGAGCCAUGAUCAAGAAAGAUGGCCUGAGAAUGAAUGCUGCCAUCAAGAUGCUGAAAGAAUUUGCCUCUGAGAAUGAUCACCGGGAUUUUGCUGGCGAACUUGAAGUUCUUUGUAAGCUGGGGCAUCAUCCCAACAUCAUCAACUUGCUGGGAGCCUGCGAGAAUAAGGGUUACUUAUACAUCGCUAUUGAAUAUGCACCCUAUGGGAAUUUGCUGGACUUCCUACGCAAAAGCCGAGUGCUGGAGACAGAUCCUGCCUUUGCCAGAGAGCAUGGGACGGCCUCAACCCUCACAUCCCAGCAGCUCUUGCAGUUUGCAUCUGAUGUAGCCAAAGGCAUGCAGUAUCUGAGUGAAAAACAGUUUAUCCAUCGAGACCUAGCUGCCAGAAAUAUACUGGUUGGUGAAAACUUGACCUCCAAGAUUGCUGAUUUUGGCUUGUCCCGAGGAGAAGAAGUUUAUGUAAAAAAGACAAUGGGACGUUUACCAGUUCGUUGGAUGGCCAUUGAAUCCUUGAAUUACAGUGUAUACACAACUAAGAGUGAUGUGUGGUCUUUUGGGGUCCUUUUGUGGGAAAUUGUGAGCCUGGGAGGGACACCAUAUUGUGGCAUGACAUGUGCUGAGCUUUAUGAAAAGCUGCCCCAAGGAUACCGCAUGGAGAAACCUCUCAAUUGUGAUGAUGAAGUGUAUGAAUUAAUGCAUCAGUGCUGGCGGGACCGGCCAUAUGAACGUCCACCAUUUGCUCAGAUCUCAGUGCAGCUCAUUCGCAUGCUAGAAGCUAGGAAGGCAUAUGUGAACAUGGCAUUAUUUGAGAACUUCACUUAUGCAGGAAUUGAUGCAACGGCUGAGGAGGCAUGAGGACUUCACUUUCAACAAUGGCAAUAAAUAUAGCCCAGAUGAUUGGGACUUUCUUAUGAAUUUGUCUCUUGGUGAUAUCAACAACUUAUCAUACAGACUGUGCUGGGCAAAGUGUACAGUUGGAUGCUGUUAGUUUAGAAGAUCCUGCAGGAAUCUAACUUGUCAACUUUCCUUAGAAUGGAGGAGAAUACCCUUGAAUGGAUUGUUCCAAAAUGUGGGGCUUUUGAAAAUCAAACAUUAAAGGUAUUUUCUGUGUAAGAGAGAGGCCCCUCACUCCAAGGGAGAACAUAUGUAAAGUGCUCCACCAUACUGAAGAAAAAGGGUCUUAAGAAGUCUGGGACCCAGUCAAGGGCAUUGUGAUUACAAUGCACACCAUACAAGAAAGGGCAGGCUCAUGUUACUGCAAAAUUCCUUGGACAAUAUUACUGAAAAAGUUGGGCAGUUGGCAAACAGUGCAAUUCCUUCCAGAACCCAAUUCUCCAAGAAUAACAUCUAUCCAUAAUGAUCAGUUUUGUUAGCCCCACUAACUAAUUGAGAUCAGAAAAACAACUCCACAGAAAAACUAAAGCUACUUUUAUUGAGAAAAACUAAAGCUACUUUUAUUGAGACUGACUAUAAUUAUGGAAUCUUAUGAGUCUGAUUGAAUUGAGAGAUCUGACAUCACACCGCUUCAGCUGUGGUUCACUUUGAUGGCAACCUACCAUAAAAGAUGGAAAGGGGGGAUGACAAGAACCAGAAGUGCCAACCAAAGACAAUAGUUGAAUGAUCCAAGGACACAGCAUGGGAAAGGAACGUGAAUGCCUUCCAAAGAGGUGCCAAACUUUAGAACUAUUAUCAAAACAACUAAUUUGAAUUGUAUUGGACACUAGCAAAAUGACCAAGGGGGAGGGCCUGAGAGAGGGAAAACUUAUCAGCUUUAACACCGGAUAAGAACGUAUAAAGGUGUUUCAAAUUAAUGUUGGGAAUGUAAAUGUAAAGAGUUUUUUUUACCAUUUAUGAUGGACAGGUGAUAAAACAAAGAAAUAUUGGAGUAGGAUCCACAUCUUAAUAUAGGAAAUUCUUAAAGUGAAUAUAUAUCCUUCUUUAUUUUACCAUUAUUUUCAUUUUUCUUUGUAUGCCUGUAUUUUAUAUUUUGAUAAACUAAUAAAUUUUUUGAUAGUAAACAUGUUAACCAGAGCAAGAUACAUAAUACACCUAAAAAUUAACUAAUGGUCCUCUCUUCUGACAGCUUUCUAGUGAGGAAACCUAUGCAUUCCAGUAGAAUUUAGAAGGGGGUGGUUGAUAGAGAUUGUUAGAUCAGAUGAAGCCAUCAGUAAAGAAUUCCAUAAAGGGUUGGGAAAUGGCUGCUAUAACAUAUAAUAUACUUUAACUCUUUAAAGGGGGAAAUGUUAUACUUUAGAAAAACUGUGAUUUCAUUUAAAUUUUAAUGGCAGAAUUUUGGAAGUAAAUGGGAAAAAUGAGCCAGGAUCCUAUUCAGCUUAAGGAUGCAACUUACUCAAACCUGCUCUAUAACUUCCAGGAUUCCUGAUACUGGCAUUCCAAAAAUGACUUUGCCAUUAAGAGGUAAAUGAUAUGAGCUGGACAAAGGUUCAGAUUCAGUAUCCAAAAGUUGUUUUGAAGGGUGUAGGAGAAAGAAGAGGGAUCUUUCCCGCAACCUUUGAAGGAAGCAGUGAUGAGGCCCCUCCUCAAGAAGCCUUCCCUGGACCCAGCUGUUUUGAAGAACUUUCGUCCUGUCUCCA